AUAUUAUGUGGUGUAAAACCUAUGUUGUACCCGCUUUAACUAUCCUUUUUAGAUACAAGAACUAGUAGGUAUACUUAUGCAUGUACAGAGGUGAAUGGACUAAAAUGCUGUAACUGCGGUGGUCCUCAUAGUGCAGCAUAUGGGGGAUGUGAGGUACAAAUUAAAGCAAGAGAAGUUCAAAAAUAUAAGGCGGAGAAUAGUCACUUAUGCUGAAGCAGUGAAGGUCUGUGGAAGUAAGGAGGACAGGAGGGAAGAGUGUGAGAAAUGGUGGCCAAGGGACAGAAGCGCAAACUCCACAGGGAGGACGAGGGAGGAGGAUCUGCGUGGGAAAGUCAGCUGCAGUCCGUGUUGGACAUCUCCAUGGAUAAGUUCCACCGUGACCAGGCUCUCGUGGAGCCCUGCUUAUUACGGUCAGUUCUGAUCAACAACACACUGCGGCAGGUUCAGUCUGAGGUCCGGGCGCAGGUCGAAUCACUGUCCGCUGUAAAAAUUCCCACAAAAUCAAAACCAGAGGCCGACUUCCCCCGAUUGUCUCCUCCAGCAGAGCAUAAUACACCUCUGUUCUCGCUGAAUGCUGAAAAUAUGGAUGACGAUUUCAUGGCCUGGACUUCAGAGGAGGAUUUCUCUUUAUCUUCAGCCAUUUCUUCCAUUCUCAAAGAUCUAGAUACAGCCAUCGAUGCCGGUCAAGGGCCUUGUGCAUCUCAACGGGCUCCGCUCAGCUCUGUAGAGAAUUUAACACCGUAUCCUCUGAGGACUGAAAGAACGUCUGACUUGGCAUCAUCCGUCAAAACGGAGCUGAUGUGUCCAGGUUGUCCUCAGGAUGUAGCUCUAGACAAACUUCUCCUAGACAUCGACACGGCUGUGUUUGAACCGGAGGUGAACCUUCUGCAAGGUUUCUCGGUCACAGCCGACGAUCUAGUGAAGUAUCUACCAUCCCUGUCCAAAUCCCCAUCAGCGUCGUCUUCCUCAUCUUUAGUCUCUCAUGCUCAGGCCACAUGGGAAAUCCAGGAGAUAGAGCAUGUUAUGGACAUCCUGAUGCGAACGUACCCGCAAAGCUGAUUUUGAUGAUAUCAUGUUCCUGAUGUUGAGGUUAUAAACCGUUUUUAUAGAGGUGUACUGAAGAAAUUUCCACUGAAUAGCAUGAGGGAUUGAAUGAGACUAACUGAUAAUGAUUUGCUACCUCAUGUUUACUAGCUUCUCGUGUUCAAAGUAGUUGAUCUCAAUGUCAGCUGAUGGUUAGCAGCAGUUUUUGUCAUCUUGCACAUCUCUUGUUCUGUUUAAAGAAAUGAUCUUGCGUGCAGAUUCAUUCAAAGUGUCAUUUAACAAAGUUCAGUGAUUGUUAUACACAAUUGUUUUGAAGUGACUCCUUACAACUGUGCCAUUUCUGUUUUUUAUUACUUUAUGAAAUGAUGUUUUUCUUUAAAAUAUGCACUUUCCGUUGAGUCAAAUCCUUAAAUUUAAUAUGGAUCCUUACAUAGUUUGCAGGUUACCAUUAGGAGUGUCCUUUUCAUAGACAAAAGUCAUUAAAAUAUGAGAUUGUGUAUAGUGUUGGUUUAAAGAUAUUAUAAUGUGCAGUAAAUGUUACUUGAGCAUUAUGAAUAUACUGAUGCUGUUUCAGCAGAUGAACAUGUAGAUGCCUAUGCAAAAUAUUUACUAUGUCAGUAUGAAAUUAUAAUGUGAAUAUUAAUCACUCUUUGUAUUCUAUUGUUAUACUUUAAAUAAAGUGGUACUUGGUGACAUCCAGUGGCCAAAUGAGGAAUUA